CUGGUAGUGUGUUAGUGUGUAGACGACUAAAUAGUGUAAAAUGCCGUGCAGUGAAGACGAUGAUUCGCAAAAUGGGUUUUCCGAGCAGCAAAUGUCAAAAGCGGAGAUGCGAAAGACCAACAAGCCGAUCAUGGAGAAGAAGCGGCGCGCGCGCAUCAACAACUGCCUCAACGAGCUCAAGGAUUUACUCAUGGACCCUGAGAAGGACCCAGCCCGCCACUCCAAGCUCGAGAAGGCCGACAUCCUCGAGCUCACCGUGAAACACCUGCAAACCCUCCAGCGCCAACAGCUAGCCGCCGCCAUCGCCGCCGACCCCGCCGUGCUGCACCGAUUCCGAGCUGGAUUCGGAGAUUGCGCCGUCGAAGUCCGGAGAUACUUGUCCAGACUUGCCAGCGUUCCUACUGGAUUAAGACACAGACUGGGAAGUCAUCUUACCUCCUGUAUAAAUGGGAUAGAACGCCUACAUAAGCCUAAAGACUAUCCAGCGUUAGUUCCUGACCCUUUAAGACUGGACGAUGAAAGACCAAGCGCUUUCCACUGCGUUCGGGCUACGCGACCAACAAGUCCACCCCUAAGCCCCCUCUCCUGCGAUUCCGCCUGCGAUUCUUCCACAGAACUCGAAACUCCACCGCGACCAGUUCAAAAAUUCCCCUUCCCAACACCACCAAGCAGAUCAGCGUCCGAUCAAGACAGCAGUCCAGAAACACAAAAACCAACAGUAUCUUCAACUACAAUUACUCCAGAAACUUUGAAGCAAGAAGCUUUAAGAAACAAGAAAUAUAUGGAGCCGUUAUCAAUAGUUAUAGACGUGGAAAACUAUAAGAUUGGAAUCGACGCGUCACCUAAGCGCGCUGUUGACUACUCCAUAAGGCAGAAGCUAAAAAGAUCUGUGACUGAAACUAGUGGACCUGCGUUAAAGGUGUUACGAUUAGAGCCAGAAAGACCUGCAGAAAAACUCUAUGACUUGUCAACACCAGAGAGACGAGCACCACCUAUAUACCCCAUAAGGUUGACAUUACCUGAAAGUAUACCCAGUGCAGUAGAAAGGCCGUCAUUUGAAAGACCAGUCAGUUCUGUUAUCACGCAUACAGCGGAAUCUUUGGCGCAGUCUAGUGUGACACAGGAAAAGGUACAGAAGGAGGCAGACACCAGUUCAAAGCCUCCAGAACAGGGGACGUCUACAGAGGUGUGGAGGCCUUGGUGA